CGCAAGAUGGCAGCCACCACAGGCUCUGGAGUAAAAGUCCCUCGAAAUUUCCGACUGUUGGAAGAGCUGGAAGAAGGCCAGAAAGGAGUAGGCGAUGGCACAGUUAGCUGGGGUCUAGAGGACGAUGAAGACAUGACACUUACGAGAUGGACAGGGAUGAUAAUUGGGCCUCCAAGAACAAUUUAUGAAAACCGAAUAUACAGCCUUAAAAUAGAAUGUGGACCUAAAUAUCCAGAAGCACCCCCAUCUGUAAGAUUUGUAACAAAAGUGAAUAUGAGCGGCGUGAGUAGUUCAAAUGGAGUGGUGGAUCCAAGGGCCACGGCCGUGCUGGCAAAGUGGCAGAAUUCCCACAGCAUCAAAGUCAUCCUGCAGGAGCUUUGGCGCCUGAUGAUGUCAAAAGAGAACAUGAAGCUGCCACAGCCACCGGAAGGACAGUGUUACAGCAAUUAGUUACCGAGGCCCGGGCCUCCCCUCCCCAGUCCAACCUAAGUCUUCAUUUUCCACAGUAGUGAAUUUUCUAGAUUCGUCUUGUAGACCUCAAAGUACUGGAGAGGAAGCUCCACUCGGACUUCAUCCUGAGACACUGUUCUGAUACUAAUUUCUUGUCCAUUUGAAAUACCUAAGUUGUGCUGUGUAACAUCUGCCGGGUGUAACUGCUGGCUGCCUAGUUGAACUUCUGGGAUCAAGAAGGUGUGUUGAAAUCGGUUUCCUUUGGGAGCGGUGGGCACAAGUAAUGCAACUGUGAACA